GCGGUGGCAGUUCCUUCUAAGACGCGGGCUGAGUGCUGAGUCGCUGAGAGGCGAGCUCUCCAUGUGACUUCAGUUUCCGUUGGUUCCUUCCGCAAGUGCUAAAAUAAUCUGAUGCCCCAGAGCGAGUAGGCAGCGCAGCAGCGGCAAGUGCUGUCCAGGAGGCUGGGGCCCUGGAGACGAUGCGCCCCGCGGAGCCGCCUGGGCCUGCGGGAGCACUUCUGCUCAGUGAACCCUGUCUAUCUCUGGUAGCCCUGGUAUCUCCUGGCUUUCCUUGUCUCCCUUGGAUGCUAAGACUGAGCACUGACCCUCAGCCAUCAGCUCUCUCCCUGCCCGGCCUGGGGCCACAUCUUUCAACUUCAGGCAAGUUAAUGGUCCUUGUAACCACCCACCAAGACACUUGAAACUUCCCCAAGGGGACUGUUCUCAGCCUCAGCCUCCUCAACGUUGGUCUGACAGGUUUUCAAAAUUUUGUGUUUACUUAACUAAGGUGAUUGACCAGAGGUCAGAAGAUGUCAUUAGAUCCCCUGGGACUGGAGUUAACAAUGGAUGUGAGCUACCAUGUGGUUGCUGGGAAUUGAACUCAAGUCCUCUGGAAGAGUAGCCAGUGCUCUUAACUGCUGAGCCGUCUCUCCAGCCCCUACUUACAGGAAUGUUUAAAGAGUUCCGUUGUUUUAUAUGCACUCUGAAGUAUUUUAGAAGAGCUGUACUGGUGGCCAUGGUAUUUGUUUAUUUGUUUGCUGUUGAUGACUGAAUGCAGGACCUUGGGCACGCUAGGUCAGGCUCUUCCACUGAUCAGCCAGGUCAGGGUUCUCUUCUGCCUCCCACCCUUUUAAAGUUUUGUUUUGAGAACAGGUCAUGAAAUUGCACAGGCUGGCCUCAAACUCACCAUCUUCCUGUCUCAGCCUCCUCAAUGCUGGGAUUACAGAUGUUUUACAAUGCCUAGCGAUUUGGCUUUUUUUUCCCUAAAUAUUUAAUCUACCUGUAUUUGAAUGUGUGUGUGUGUGUGUGUGUGUGUGUGUGUGUGUGUGUGUGUGCGAGCGCACACACACAAUAUGCAUGGAGGAAUUCACAGUCUCAGGAGAGAGUAUCAAAUCCUGUGGAACUGUAUUUACAUGCAGUCAUGAGGCCCCAUGUGGGUGCUGGGAACUGAACCCAAGUCCUCUGCAAGAGCAGCACACCCUCUUAACCAGUGAGGCACCUCUCUGACCCUGUCUAUUUGUGCUGGGGUAUGUGUUUGUUUGUUUAAGAUUUAUUUGUAUUGCUCUUUAUUCAUUUGUGUGUCUGUGUGUGAGCCUACAUUGUACAUGCAGGAGCCUUUGGAGACUGGAAGCAUUGAAUCCUCUGGAACUGGCAAUGUUGUUGUGAGCCACCAGAGAGCUGUGCCUGAGAUGGAGUUCCCGCCCCUCUGGCUUUGCCUGGGUUUUCACUUCUUGAUUGUGGAAUGGAGGAGCGGACCUGGGACAGCCACUGCAGCUUCCCAAGGAGGCUGCAAGGUGGUCGACGGAGUCGCUGACUGCCGGGGUCUGAACCUUGCUUCGGUACCCAGCAGCCUCCCACCCCAUUCCCGGAUGCUCAUUCUGGAUGCUAACCCUCUCAAGGACCUGUGGAACCAUUCCCUCCAGGCCUACCCACGCCUGGAGAACCUCAGCCUGCAUAGCUGUCACCUGGACCGUAUCAGCCACUACGCCUUCCGAGAGCAAGGCCACUUACGCAACCUGGUUCUGGCAGACAACCGCCUCUCGGAGAACUACAAGGAGUCAGCCGCAGCACUCCACACCCUGCUGGGACUUCGGAGACUGGACUUGUCUGGAAACUCCCUGACCGAAGACAUGGCGGCUCUCAUGCUUCAGAACCUCUCCUCGUUGGAGGUUGUGUCCUUGGCAAGGAAUACCCUCAUGAGGCUCGACGACUCUAUCUUUGAGGGCCUGGAACACCUUGUAGAGCUAGAUUUGCAGAGAAACUACAUCUUUGAGAUCGAGGGCGGGGCGUUUGACGGCUUGACUGAGCUGAGGCGUCUCAACCUUGCCUAUAACAACCUCCCCUGCAUUGUGGACUUCAGCCUCACCCAGUUACGGUUCCUCAACGUCAGUUAUAACAUCCUAGAGUGGUUCCUGGCAGCCAGGGAGGAGGUGGCCUUCGAAUUGGAGAUACUGGACCUGUCUCACAACCAGCUGCUCUUCUUCCCACUCUUGCCUCAGUGCGGCAAGCUGCACACCCUCCUGCUCCAGGACAACAACAUGGGCUUCUACAGGGAGCUUUACAACACCUCCUCCCCGCAGGAGAUGGUGGCCCAGUUCCUUCUUGUGGACGGCAAUGUGACUAACAUCACAACUGUCAACCUCUGGGAGGAGUUUUCCUCCAGCGACCUGUCAGCUCUUCGCUUCCUGGACAUGAGCCAAAACCAGUUCCGGCACUUGCCGGAUGGUUUCCUGAAGAAGACACCUUCCCUUUCCCACCUGAACCUCAACCAGAACUGCCUGAAGAUGCUCCACAUCCGGGAGCACGAGCCGCCGGGAGCACUCACCGAGCUGGAUCUGAGCCACAACCAGUUGGCAGAGCUGCACCUGGCUCCGGGGCUCACGGGCUCCCUCAGGAACCUCCGGGUGUUCAACCUGAGUUCCAACCAGCUCCUGGGGGUCCCCACUGGCCUUUUCGACAAUGCCAGCAGCAUCACUACAAUCGACAUGAGUCACAAUCAGAUCUCACUUUGUCCUCAGAUGGUGCCCGUAGACUGGGAGGGGCCUCCCAGUUGUGUGGAUUUCAGAAACAUGGGCUCUUUGAGGAGCCUUUCUCUGGACGGCUGUGGGCUGAAGGCAUUACAAGACUGCCCGUUCCAGGGGACCUCCCUCACUCAUUUAGACCUGUCUAGCAACUGGGGGGUUCUGAAUGGGAGCAUCAGCCCUCUCUGGGCUGUUGCCCCGACAUUACAGGUCCUGUCUCUCAGGGACGUGGGCCUUGGUUCUGGCGCUGCAGAGAUGGACUUCUCUGCGUUUGGGAAUCUGCGGGCGUUGGAUCUGUCGGGAAACUCCCUGACCAGCUUCCCAAAGUUCAAGGGCAGUUUGGCCCUUCGGACUCUCGACCUCCGCAGAAACUCUCUCACGGCCCUCCCUCAGAGGGUUGUGUCCGAGCAGCCUCUGAGGGGUCUGCAGACCAUCUACCUCAGCCAGAACCCUUAUGACUGCUGUGGGGUGGAAGGAUGGGGGGCCCUGCAGCAGCACUUCAAGACUGUUGCGGACUUGUCCAUGGUCACUUGCAACCUCUCUUCCAAGAUCGUCCGUGUGGUGGAGCUGCCCGAAGGCCUGCCUCAGGGCUGUAAGUGGGAACAGGUGGACACUGGUCUCUUCUACCUCGUGCUCAUCCUGCCCAGCUGCCUCACCCUGCUGGUGGCCUGUACUGUCGUCUUCCUCACUUUUAAGAAGCCUUUGCUUCAGGUCAUCAAGAGCCGCUGCCACUGGUCCUCCAUAUACUGACCCGUGUGCCAAGGCUAGAGACUUGGUUUUUCCUCGAGGAUGCGUCUCUCCGCUGGAUCUUUACUUUUGCAGGGGUCGAGUGUGAUGCAUUGAAGGUUAAAACUGAAAUUUGAAAGAGUUCCAUCCUCAGUCCCAUUAACUUCUCCUCCCAUCCGUGUGAUUUAUCCUCAUUGUCCUGGUGAAAUAUUUAUUAAACGACAUUCUGUGAGAAUAAAGGGUGUGCCUCAUAAAUAUUUUAAAAAUCAAA